UUGAACACACACAGAGAGAGAGAGAGAGAGAUUUCUUGAUGAAUCAAAUCAUAUAAUACUCAGUAUAUGGUGGUUCAUAUACUAAUCUCUUUGUUUGUUGAUAUUAUUAGUAUCUGGGGUUUUCUUGAAAUUUAAUUUUUCCCCCAUUUUUGGAAGCUUAUGUGAAAAGGGUUUAUAGGGUUUUGUAUUUACAGUGGUUUUUCUUGAUUUUUAUUUUUUUAAUUUAAUAAAAAAAAUUAUGGGUUUUGAGUGUUUGAGGUGUUGGUUAUGGUUAUGGUGAUUUAUGGGUAGCACAACCAUCAAAUUUGGUGGAGAGGGUAAUAAUAGAAGUGGGAUGCCAAGCUUCAUUUCUCAGACACCACCACCUGCAACAAAUCAUCCUAUGGGUACGGAAGCAAAUGCAAUACAAUCUUCUCGAGUUGCUGAUUAUGGGGUUCUUGAGCAAUAUCUCGGUUUUCGAAUGGGAGAUCCUUCUAAUAUAAUCAACCGGGGUCCGGUGUUUAAUCCGACGGUGAAUAGCCAAAUAGUGGGCCCCGAUCCUCAGUCCAGCGCGUUCAAUAAGCCUAUUGGUUCGACCAAUCCGAAUUUUUCGACGUUCCAAUUGCAAAAGGGAACACCACAGCCUAAUCUAGUUUCUUCAUCGGGUGUUCGACAAGAGAACUGGGGAGAAUCCAACGUGGCGGAAUCCAGUUCGCGCACCGAUACUUCAACUGAUUUGGACACAGAUGACAAAAAUCAAAAGUUUGAAACGGGCCAAUCGAGUGAUAAAUCAAAAGAAAAAGCACCGGACCAAAAGAUGCUGCGAAGGCUUGCUCAAAACCGUGAAGCUGCUCGGAAAAGCAGACUGAGGAAGAAAGCCUAUGUACAGCAGCUAGAGAAUAGCCGACUCAAGCUGACUCAGCUCGAGCAGGAACUGCAACGAGCACGCCAGCAAGGCGUCUAUGUGUCAAGCAUAGGAGAUCAAUCUCACUCCGCGAGUGCCAACGGGGCAUUGGCUUUUGAUGUGGAAUACGGGAGGUGGAUGGAAGAGCAGAACAGACAAAUAAACGAGCUGAGGGCAGCGGUAAACUCACACGCGGGUGACACAGAACUCCGUUCGGUUGUGGAAACCGUGACAGCUCAUUUCAACGACAUUUUCAGGCUGAAAGGUAACGCAGCCAAAGCCGAUGCAUUCCACAUGUUAUCGGGAAUGUGGAAAACACCCGCUGAAAGGUGUUUUAUGUGGAUCGGUGGUUUUCGCCCAUCGGAACUUCUCAAGCUUCUCGUAAACCAACUGGAGCCACUUACGGAGCAUCAAGUGACGGGGAUGUAUAAUUUACGGGAAUCGUCACAGCAAGCAGAGGAUGCACUUUCACAAGGUAUGGAUGCAUUACAGCAAUCUUUGGCUGAAACAUUAGCCAGUGGUUCUGUGGGCCCCACCGAAGGUCCGUCUGGCAAUGUGGCUAAUUAUAUGGGACAGAUGGCUAUGGCUAUGGGCAAGUUGGGUACUCUUGAAGGUUUUCUACGACAGGCUGACAACCUUCGGCAACAAACGCUACAACAAAUGCACCGAAUACUAACAACCCGACAAUCAGCCCGUGCGCUGCUCUUGAUAAACGACUACUUCUCCAGGCUCCGAGCCCUCAGUUCCCUUUGGCUUGCUCGUCCACGAGAAUGAUUUUAUAUACGCAAAAUCAUCAAUUUCCACGACAAUUAUAUAUUUUAUCGUUUUGUAAAAUAUUUUCACUUACGAAUUCUUUGCUAUGAUCAAUAAUGUGAUUGUGAUUGUGUUUGUAUUUGCUAGAGCAAUAUUUAUAUUUAUAUUUAUAUUUAUAUUUAUAUAGGAGGGAUUAGUUUACCUUAGUUGUAGAUUUUUUAUCUUUUUUAAAUUAUGUAAAUGUUAAAUCAGAAUGAUAUAAGACUUUGGUAAAAGGUAAGGAAAUAUAUUUUCAGCUA